CAGGGCUCACCUACAGCCCACUGCAAGCAUGAUGCAAUGGAUUUAAGUGAUCUCUUCACUGUAGCCCAAUUCAUAAAGGCCAGGUGUCAACAUGGCUUGAAAGCUGGUCCCACUAAGGAUAAAAAUUAUGUUUUCUUUGAGGUGGAGAUACUGGAUCCCAAGAGCAAGGUGCAGCUCUGCUACCUGGAUAAGGUGGAACCCAAUGCCACCAUUGCAGAUAUUAAGACUUUGUUGCACAGGAUCUACCCCAAGUUUUAUCCAUCAAGACAGGCGCUGAAGCUGCAUCCUGAGGGAAAGGCCCUCAAGGAUGAUGAUGUGCUGGAAGAUCUUCCAGUUGGGACAACCGCAACGAUGUUCUUCCAAGACCUCGGCCCACAGUUAGGGUGGACUAUGGUAUUUCUAGCAGAGUGUCUUGGGCCGCUUUUCAUUUAUCUGCUGUUCUACUGCCGUCUUCCAUUCAUCUACAGUAAUGAGUAUGACUAUACACGAAGCCCAUUCAAAGUUGUCAUGAUAGCUUGUUGGUGCCACUCUCUGCAUUACAUUAAGAAGCUUGUGGAAACUAUUUUUAUCCAUCGCUUUUCAGGCGGAACUUUACCUUUACAAACCAUCAUGCUGCUCUGCCUGUACUAUUGGGGGUUUGCAGCAUGGCAGGCCUAUUACAUUAACCAUCCGCUCUAUACACCACCAACUUAUGGGAGACUCCAAAUCUUCUGUGGACUGGCAAUGUUUUUGGUUUGUGAGUGUGGAAACCUUUCAGUUCACCUGAUUCUGAAUCAAAUAAGCUCAAAUGGGUCCAGACCCACAGAGAUCCCUUAUCCCACAAAGAAUCCCUUCACUUGGCUCUUUUUCUUCGUGUCCUGCCCAAACUACACAUAUGAGGUGGGAUCAUGGCUCAGCUUCACAGUCAUGACACAAUGUUUUCCAGUUGGAGUUUUCGCAUUUUUGGGUUUCAUUCAGAUGACUAUAUGGGCUCGGGAAAAGCAUAAAACCUACACCCAGGAGAUCAAAGACUAUCCAGAACUGAGAACGGCCAUCAUUCCACUCUUCCUCUAGAGCAAUUGAGAUGAAACUACAUGCACUUUUGCCAUUGGAUGCCUCACCAAAUAUCAUGUUAUGAGCAGCAAUAUAUGGCCUAUAUAUUCUUUUUCUCUGCCAGGCCUGGUGAUUUUCUUUCAGACAGAAUUCAUUUUGUGUGAUGUUCUCUCCAAAAUGAAAUGGUAAUUACUAGCAAUUACAUUAAUUAUGAAGAGAGUAAUACUGAGGAUAGAGGUUGUACUGCAGGUUGGGGAGGCUAAGAAAAAGUACUAAGUAACUUCCUUAAAAAGGGUUUUAUGUCCAGAUGGAGGAUAGUAUGUCUUUCAAUCGUCUGACAUCAAAGAGUCUGAAUCAUGAUUUUGAAGGACCAUCAAGUACACAGAAAAAAAAAUGUUAACCUAAAUGUUCUUAAUGUGGUAACAUCUAACUGAACUGAUUUGAUUCAAAGAAACUUUUAACACCAUUGAAUAAACUUGAACACAUUUUGUCUUUCGAUAAAAUUCAUUUUAAGGGAUAGAUCAGGUAAAUGCUCCUUAAGGUAACAAUUGCUGUUUUUACAGUGUAGAAAGCACAGCAUACAAUGCAUUACUGUUUAAAUAGAAUGUAUCAGAAUGUUUAUGCAGUAAAGGAAAUGUUGGGAGAUUUAUUUUUAUCUCCAAAAAUAUUCUACUCUUAGGAAAUAGAUUUUCAUUUCUAAAUGUAAAGACAAUAUUUUAGAAAUGUUAAAACAAAUUAUUUCUUACAGAACAGUGUUUAUUAGUCAUAAAAAUGCAUUUGUUGUAUUAUUGUGCAUUUGGCCUAUUGAGGUGACUAUGUCAUAGGGAAAGACACAGCAGUCCACAGCAAAAACUACCAUAAAAAACACCUGCAAGCCAAGCAUAGCUCUACAGUUCCUAUAAAAAGAUAGUCCCAGCAUGUAACUAUCAUGUAACUUAUUAUAAAAAGCAAUGAUGUGGUGUAAUUUUUGGCGUAACACAAUAACGUGACACAUAAAAAUAAUGUUAUGUAACGUUACCCAACACUGAAUUAUUUCUACUGCUUAUUUUUUAUGUUCUGAUUCCAGUUUUCAAAAUGAUUUUGGGCACGGUAUGCUAUUAAUGUUUUAAUUUUACAAAAAUGUUAACAUAUUAAUCAAAGUUACAUAUUAGAAUUACAUUCAAGAGAUUCAGCGAGUGUGUGUGCAUUGGCAAAUACACAGGCAUUGCUUUAGUAGAUGGACUUUGAGUCUAUAACAGAACAAGAUUUGUACAAGAAUGAAAAAUGGCAACAUUGAUAUUUACAAAUGUAUAAAUAUCUAAACAUAAAAUAGUGUAUGUAAAACUAAAAGCAUCAACUUGUUUAUAUCCUUUACAACCUUUUGUACACAAACUCAAAACUGAAAUGUGAAUUAUUGAUGUUCCCAGAAACCUUUUCUUUUCAACAGAACUACAUCAAUUCACCAGUAUUAGUGUAAAUAUAAUUUAUAUCAUCAACAUAAUAUUAAUAAAGGUUAAAAGAGGUCAUGGAGAGGUGAAAAAUAAUUAAAAGAUUAUAAUUGGAAACUAUUUUGUAACUGAAAUGAAAUACAGUAAAUUUUAUGUACAAAUACUGUAUAAAAGGCUUUAGGAAGCUUUAUAAACAAAACAAUAUGUUAGCCGUGAG